AUGGUGAGAAAUCCGCUACGUGCGGUCGUGCUGCUGUCCGCGUUCAUUGUCAUGCUGGCGCUGAGCUCGUGCUGCGCCUCGUCGGCGGUCGGCGGGCAGCUGCUGCACCCGGUGAUACUCAUCCCGGGCUCCGGCGGCAACCAGCUGGAGGCGCGGCUCACUGAUGACUACAGGCCGUCGAGCCUGACGUGCCGGGUGUGGCCGCCGGUGCGCGGGCGCGGCGGGUGGUUCCGCCUGUGGUUCGAGCCGUCCGUCCUGCUCGCGCCCCUCACCCGCUGCUUCGCCGAGCGGAUGAUGCUCUACUACGAUCGCGACGCCGACGACUACCGCAACGCGCCCGGCGUCGAGACCAGAGUCUCCGAAUUCGGCUCCACCUCCACCCUCCGCUACCUCGACUCAACCCUCAAGCUCCUGACGGGGUACAUGGACAGCCUGGCGAGCACGCUGGAGACGGCGGGGUACGAGGAGGGGCAGAGCCUCUUCGGCGCGCCGUACGACUUCCGCUACGGCCUCGCCGCGCCGGGGCACCCGUCGCAGGUGGGAAGCGCGUACCUGGACCGCCUCCGGCUGCUGGUGGAGUCCGCGUGCGCGGCGAACGGCGGCAGGCCGGCAAUCCUGGUCGCGCACAGCCUCGGCGGGCUGUACGCGCUGCAGCUGCUGGCGCGCGCGCCGGCGCCCUGGCGGGACGCUCACGUGAAGCGCCUCGUGACGCUCUCGGCGCCGUGGGGCGGGUCGGUGCAGGUGAUGCUCACCUUCGCCUCCGGGAACACCCUCGGCGUGCCCUUCGUGGACGCGUCCCUCAUCCGCGCGGAGCAGCGCAGCUCCGAGAGCAACCUCUGGCUACUGCCCACGCCCAAGGUGUUCGGCAACACCACGCUCGUCGUCUCGGAGCGCCACAACCGGACCUACUCCGCCAAGAACGUCACGCAGUUCCUGCAGGACAUCGGGUUCGCCGAGGGGGUGGAGCCGUACCGGGCGCGGACGCGGCCGCUCGGGGAGGUCCUACCGGAGCCUGGCGUGCCGGUCACCUGCCUGGUGGGCACCGGCGUCGACACGGUGGAAAGCCUCGUGUUCGGGGAGGAGGGGUUCGAUGCGGGCCCCGUCAAGGUGGUGUACGGCGACGGUGACGGGACGGUGAACCUGGCCAGCCUCGUGGGGCCGAUCAAGGCCUGGUCCGACUCGCCGGCGCAGGUCAUAGAGGUGGUGGAGCUGCCCAAGGUGUCGCACUCGGGCAUCCUCAAGGACAAGAGCGCGCUCGACCAGAUCCUCCGGAUAGUUGAUUCCAUCAAUCUAAAUGCCACGACCACGAGUCAUCAGUCCACUUAG